CCGGUAUUUUCCCACGUGCGGUGUGAACCUGCGGAUAUCAUGUUGUGAGGAGAUGGGGGGUUUGGUGGCUCGCGCGAUGAGGAAUUUCAACUUAGAGAACCGAGCGGAACGGGAGCUCAGCAAGAUGAAGCCCUCUCCCGCGCCCAAGCACCCUUCCACCAAGAGCCUCCUGCGGGAGCACAUCAGCAGCCAUCCAGAAAUUAAGAGAGAAAUUACUAGAAAAGAUGACAAGCUACUGUCAUUCCUAAAAGCUGUGUAUGUCGAUUCCAAAGAUCCUGUGUCUUCCGUGCAGGUAAAAACCGCUGAAACACCUCAAGUGCCGAAGGAGUUCAGAUUGCCGAAAGGCCAUCACUUGGAUAUGAAUAUUAAGAACAUUCCCAUAGGCAAAAUUUCCAUUAUAGAGGCGUUGACACUUCUCAAUAAUCAUAAACUUUAUCCAGAAACAUGGACUGCUGAGAAAAUAGCACAAGAAUACCAGUUAGAACAGAAAGAUGUGAAUUCCCUCCUCAAAUAUUUUGUUACUUUUGAAGUCAAAAUCUUGCCUCCUGAAGACAAGAAAGCCAUCCCUGAAAAAUGAAGAAAAUCAAGAAAUUACUUUUUUUAUGUGUACCCCCCCAUCCCCAUGGCCUGUAUACUUCCUCAUGUUUAAUGUAUUAUGUAAAUUA